UUUGUUAACAUUUCAUACAGAAAUACUUGUAAAUCAUUGCGGUGUUUUUUUUGUUGCAGAAACUAGUGCGCUGCCCGACACUGUCGUCAGCUGUGACAAGGUCGACUGCUUUCAGUUAAGGGAGUUUCUUGAAAUAUGUAUUUUUGCCAAAACAAAAGAAACCAAUUUAUGGAUGUGUAAAAUCAAUGCACUUUCCAAUUUGUUUGUUUGUGAAAACGGCAAAUACGAAGGUUGCACUCGUUUAAUUGAAAAUUCGUCCUGCGGUUGGUUAUUGAUUCAGUUUCUGUAUGAUCACGUGACAUUCGCAACCGGUCUUUAGCAACAAAGCAAAACAAAAGUUUGAGUAAAUAUGUUUAGGAGUGACGCAACCAGAUAGUUUGCACAAAAUGCGAUUUACUGCUAUUUUAUUGAAGCCCAAAGCAUCGGAAGUGUUAACAGCGUACCUUAAACAAUGCAACGAACCACCGUGGACUUCGUAUUUUGUGAAGUUUAAAGAUGUUGAAAAUGAUCAGCGUGGCUGGUCGCACUUCAAUUGGACGCUUGAUUCUGGAGCGAAUUAUCACAUACUCCGCACAGGAUGCUAUCCGUAUAUGAAGUACCACUGCAGUAAGCGGGCUAUUCAAGAUCUUUCGUUGGAAGAUAGGUUCUUUCGAUUUUUGAAAGUUAUAAAUCUAGGGCUACCAAUGUUGUUUUAUGGGCUUGCUGCGAUUCAUCUGAUUACUCAUGAGGAAUUAGUUCAUUUACCAAAUGGUGAUCGGAUUCCUAUAUACUUUCUUUAUGCGGAAGAUAAAGGAUCAAUGCACUGAUUAGUUUUGAUUUAAGUAAACAAGACAAAAAUUUAGCAAUACUCUAAACUAUGGAUGAUUUACAUGCAAUGAUGCACUACGACAAAACUCCCAAUUUAUAUAUUGUGCUAGAUCCUACUCAGAUCGACGAAUUGUUAGUGACUGUCUUCUCACUGCAAGUUUAGCUUAGACGGAUUUUGAAACUACAUUUAACUCUGACAAACUGGAGGGCCACACAUCUAUGUAUAUUCGUUACUAUCAAGUGCCCUCUUGGAUUUACAUUAUAGCUGUAUCAAGGAGAGAUCAAAAUAAAUCGUCAUGUCGGAGUGGAAA